AUGAAGAAAAUAGAUGAUAAACGCUGCCGUAUAACAGUAUUAAUAUUUGACUGUUGCCGGAAACCUGUGAGAGAUCGAGGUCCAAAUUUACAAGGCUUAUCAGCUAUGCACGCAUCAUCGCAUACUUUCAUAGCAUUUUCUUGUGCGCCUGGUAAAACAGCACUUGAUGAAACGACAAAUGGUAGAAAUAGUAUUUUUACUGGUAGUUUGUUAAACCAUAUUUCAACACCACAUGCACAUAUUGAAGAUAUUUUCUUGAAUGUUGCAAGUGAAGUUCAAUUGCAAAGUGGCGGAUUUCAACGACCAUUUCGAUCAACUGACCUUGCGGAAAAAGUUUACUUGGUAACAAAUAACGUCUCAGGUAGAACAGAAAGGCAGGUCAUAGCGUCUGACGAGGGAAGGGCCCCAAGUGUGAGUCUCCGUUUCGAAUCGGGUAUUUGUUAUUUUGUAGAGCUCAAUGAGUACAGUACCCGCGUAUAAAGAAUUUCUGCCCAUGGUGAACUUUUCAGGAACAACGAGGUUCCAUACCUUCUGGAAAAGCAGCAUAA